AUGCCUCCUUUUAUGUGUUCUAUCAAAAGUUUGCAAGUCUGUCACUCCAUUCUUGUGACCAGAGACAAGGUCAAGUAUCCCAGGUCCAGAGAUUUUGUCAUUGUCAGCAAGCAAGCUGGAGAAAUCAUGCAUAAAGUGUACGCAACUCAAGAAAAAGGAACAUACCGAUAUUUUGUCGCUGUAAGGGCCUCGUUGGAAGAUGUCAUCCAGUAUGCCAACUUUAACCAAACAGUUCCUGUCCGUUCCCUCAUGGAUGACAGGACGCUUGAGCACAUGCCGGAAAAACGCAUUUUUAAAAUUGCCUCUGCGUGGGAAGGAGCAGCCAUUAGAGGUUCCUUAGUUCACUUGGUAAAAGAUGAUCAUGUUUUUAAAUGUCUUGGACAUUGGUACAAUGUGACCAUAAGACCUGUGGCGUCUCAGUACAUUGUGCUACGACAGAGUAUGUCAAAACACAUUGGCGUUGGCGAUGUCGUCGUCGGCAGGGAAAGUCAGGGCUUCCUCGAGGACAUAGAGGAUGUUGUAACAGAAUCUGAGGCUGUGACGUAUCACGCCAAAGUGAAGACGUGUAGUCAGGCUAUGUCUUUUAGUUUAAUUGCUGUCUCUCCUGUCUCCACAUCUAUCACUAUGUACUGUCACGGCGGAGAACAGAAUGACAGAAGCCUGCACAUUAGUGAGUCAGUGAAUCAAGAGACGGCGCCACCAGUCGUAGGCGACGUCAUUCCAGGACGUACAUCUGGCGCCUUUCUCGGUCAGGUUAUUUCAAGGUUUGAGAAAGGGGGCUACAUUUUCCUGGAGUGUAUCCCCAUCCAGGACUUAAACAAAGACACAGUGCUGACGUCUGCUCCCUACACUGCUUUCCACCCCGACAGACGACUGAACAACCAAAUAUCCACUGAUGGCAUAUUUACAUCACUGAAAAAGGAGGCGGUGUUUGAGACAACUUCAGCGUUGAGAAAGCAGCUGUCAGUUGACAUGAAUAUAGUGGUGACAACAGGACUGCAGCUCCAUCUACAGUCCACAGUUCCAAAAGCACAGAAGAUAGGGAUCCGACUGGAGGCAACCAUUGACUACAAUAUGAACAACAGUUAUGAAGCAUUGGUCAGAUACACCGAAGUCAACGAAGAUCAUUAUCUUGUAUCUAAACGUACAUCUCUUGGCGUGCACUGCUUGGCUAUCUCACAAGACGUCUGCUUGCCUCUUAAUAUUGCUCUCCUCAACAUGAAGUACAGUUUUACGGCAACAUCCCAGGCGACUGACGUGACACAUGACGUAGAUCACACAGAUGACAUGGGCAAUGUUCAUAUAAACGUUGACAUAGAACCAGCAUUGCACGUGCAGUUUCCCAGUGCCUCGGAUACCAUAGUUUACUACCUCGUCAACCUUUCGCUAGUUCUCCGUUUUCUAGAGAAUUUGAUAGCCUGCGUGUCCAUGUCACUGUGCGGACGGUUUGCCACGGGAGAUGAACGCAGACGUUGUGGCUGUGAGUGUCCAAAUGGCGGUUAUGGUACGGUUAAACCUGAUGGUGGCUGUCAUUGUUCAUGUGAAUGUAAAAACUGCCAGGACUCGGUUAUAGCUAGUGAUGGAACGUGUUACUGUCCGAAUGAUAUCUGCCCGGUGUGUGACUCUGCCUACGAGCCUGUGUGGGAAGACUGUCGUUGUGUUUGUCGUGAGAAGACCCAGUGUGGACUGUACCCUGCCUGUGUACGAGGUCGACGUGGAGGGCAGUGUGACCAGCCGGACUGUGAGCCAUGCAGUUUUCAGACAGACAACGGGUUGCAAGAAUGUUUCGGCAAUGGUGUUUGCACCCCUCAAUCGUACUUCUGUAGCUCCAGGUGUGUGUGUUCCCAAUUCUGGACCGGCGUCUGUUGUAAUGUCAGAAUACCAAGAAACAUGGGAGGUGUUCCUCACUUACAGACAGCAGAUGGUAUAUCCUACGACUACCAUGGUAUUGGAGAGUUCUGGGACUGUAUGAGUACAGCUAACGACUUUGGCGUACAAGUCAGGUUCUUCGGCUAUAAACAAGCAUCACUGGUCGGUGACGCCGCGGUCAAGGUCGGCCACAGUGUGGCCACCAUUACUACACCGGCCAAUGCUACUGAAACCACUCUUCCUACUUUAAGAAUUGACGGGCUAGUCCAGAACAUAACCAAAAACAAGACAAGAUUGACGCUUAACAAUGACACCGUCACUGUAGAUAUUGCUAAGGUCAGGAACAAUGCCACUGGUGCCGUGAUGAUGAUUGCAAUCCAGUAUGACACCGGUUGUCCUGGUCAGUGUAAUGGUAAAGGGAGGUGUGUGAACAGCACUUGUCAAUGUAACGACGGCUGGACUGGAACUGACUGCUCUACAGGUUCCUGUGGUGCCUGCGUCAAUGGUGUAUGUGACAGCGGUUUCUGUGUGUGUACUGUGGGCUGGGAAGGGACAGCCUGUGAACAGAAAGCUACGUGUCUGUAUGUGAAUAACUGCACUGACGAGGACCACGGUGUGUGUUACAGGACCAACAGGUGUCGCUGUUUACCAGGAUUUGUGGGUAGUGACUGUAGCAUCGUUGCAACUUGUUUCAACGUGUCUGAAUGCUCCAGUCACGGGGUCUGCGUGGACUUCGACGUAUGCAAAUGUGACAGCGGAUGGGCGGGGCCAAAUUGCACAGAGUUUUCUUGUGAACGUCUGGCGGCUUGCUCAGGCCACGGUCAGUGUAAAGGAUAUGACGUAUGCAGUUGUGACAAUGGUUGGCAAGGAGACAGCUGCGCUCUGCCAGACUGUUCUUCAAAUAAUGACUGCUCCCUACACGGGGUGUGUACGUCACCUCACACGUGCACGUGUUAUGACGGUUACCAUGGUGAAAACUGUACCGCAGUGAAAAAUUGCACAUCGUUAAAUGACUGUAGUGGCCACGGUAUAUGCGCUGCCUUAGAAGGGAAUGAUACGGCUGUUAUGUGCAGGUGUUUUGAAGGCUACCAUGGCGACACGUGUGACGCCGUCUCAUGUUCUACUGUAAACAACUGUUCAGGACACGGUGCGUGUUUGGAGCCCAACCUCUGUAACUGUGACACAGGCUUCGGGGGAAAUGACUGCUCUAAUUUCUCAUGUGAAGCUCUUGGAUACUGCUCUGGCAAUGGACAGUGUGUAUUAUUGGACACGUGCUUGUGUUCUGCUGGCUGGCUGGGUGAACGCUGUGACGGGCCCGUCUGCCGUGAUGUGGCCAACUGCUCUGGUAAUGGAAGUUGUGUCUCGCCUAACCAGUGCGAGUGUCUGGAUGAAUACGACGACGUCGACUGUUCUAUUAGAAUUGGUUCGAACUAUCACAGCCCAAAGUUUGCAUACAACUGGUACAAUGGCACUGUGCCGGAGAAUGCCCCACCAGGGACUAUUAUCGUGCUUCAAGAGAACAUUACCAUGAUUAACGCGACAGACUUAGAUACAGGGCGAAAUGGCAAACUUGAGUAUACUUUCUCUGGAAGCAACGGAGCGGAGCGGUUCUUCAACAUGGACAGUCAGGGACAGUUAUCAGUGGUAGCCAAACUGGACUACGACAGUCUUCCGCAGGAGUUCAUUAUGACAGUAGUGGCAUCUGACAAGGGCGUACCGCCCAAGAGUGCUGCCACCAAGGUCGCCAUCAUUGUCCAAGACGUCAACGACAACGCUCCACUUUUCCAGUUGUUUGGUUUUCCAGAGAUUCCAGUGAAUGCCAGUGGCGAGCUAGGACGAACGGUAGGGCGGUUCCUGGCCACAGACAAAGACAGUGGGUCGUACGGAACGGUUCGACACUCUAUAACCAACGAGAGCAACCCUGAUGCUGUAUUUGCUGUCAAUGAAGACACCGGAGAGCUGAUCGUCGUGCGUUUCCCAGCCCAGUAUCGAUAUGACCUUACCAUUUUGGCGGAGGAUGGAGGAGAACCACCAAAGUCCGCCAUCUUGCCUGUUGUUAUUUCUGUCUACGGACACCUUGUUGAGGAACGAAAUGAUACAGUCGUUGUGAACCCUACGACUAACACCGUAGCACCGGUUUCCACUACCCUUGGGAGUUCUUCAACCACGGGCACCCAGGGUGAAGUGACAAGUGGUGAGACAGUACCAUCGCCGAAGACGACGACAACACAAGCCACUGUGGUAAAGUCCCCACAAGAACCAUGGUACCAGACGGUGGGCUUCAAGGCCGGCGCAGGCGCAGUGGGCGGAAUGGUGGCACUGUGCCUAAUUGCUGUUAUUGCCUAUCGCUGUGUCUGGGGACAGAAAUAUAAAGUCAGCUCAAUGCCAGAGCAUCCCCGUAGGUCGCCCCCCAUGGCCUACACACACCAGAUGACAUCUAUCGGGGCAAACAAAUACAGGAGACAUCCGCAACAUUGAGGACAUUGAUGCCUCGGCGGAUAGUGAGAACGAGACCGACUUCGCUUCAUUUCCACCUGGGAGACAUGCUUUUAGCAAUCAGGCAUUCACUUAGACAAUGUUUUAUUUUCUCAGAUAUUAUAAACAAUGCUUUAGAUGCAAACACUAAAGUGCUGAUGACAAUACAUGCGAUAUCUGAUCUGUGCCGGCUUUGAUUUUGACAUAUGAAUGUUAGAUGCGCAGAUCCAAGAAAACUAGGAAAAUUAUUUGGAAAUGAAAUGAAUGUUUUGAUUAUUACGGUGCUUCAAGAUAAUAAAUUUGUGACAAAAAAGAACAGCAAAUGAUUAAAAUUACCAGAACGGUUUAAAAUAUCAACUUAAAUUUACAAAGAAAUCCUGAGAAAUUAAUGGUAGUCAAAAUUAGGAAUUAUUAAUUGGUCAUAAUAUAUUAAGGAAGAAACGCUGCUAGUUUACUUACUGCUUGCUGCAUUAAUUGUGAUAUGGUUGGAUCACGGAACAACAAGAAUAAUUCCAUGCGUUAUUAUCAGUUACAUACGGGACCAACUGACAUUUAAAAUUUUUAUGAUUUUAAUUUAUUAAUAUUGAAAUUUCCCCAAUUAUGAAAUUUUCAAAAAGCGUAAAACCCACUGGUACUGUUUUUGUAUCAUAUAACCUACUGCUUGUUCAGUGAGGUCACACAAUGAAAGUCAUUGGUUGUUGAUUGAAAAAUCAAAUAAAUAGUUCACUUAGUGCAGGCAAAAUAUACCCUUUGCUUGAAUUAAAAUGCUCAACCUCGAAUAACAUUUAAAAACCCCGUGUUAAUCCCCUACACCCCACCUUGGCAAACUCAUUGCAUGAAAGUGGUAGGUUGUCAUAGAUCCCUCUUAAAAUAAAGUUCUAAAUAGCCUCAUACAAUACUUCUCAAUGCUAAUCAUUCUGUAGUAUUUUAGUGGGAAUCGCCUUAAUUUAUUAUAAACAGUAGACAGCACAGCUUUGUUACUUUAAAUUAAGUCCCCUUUACACUGGCCGGCGUCAUUUCAGCGUCCCUUCUACAAUCAAUAAUGUUGUCAAGAAGCUCAAUUGUCGCCAAAGCAAUUAAAUCCUGUCUCAGUGUAAAUGCUUCUUCGUCCCUUGUGCCUUCUUUGAACGACCGAAUAUAGGUUUUACUGGUAAAACAGCGAGCGACCUGUGCGUCCACUGGAGCUAUCCGCCUACCUCCCCUGUGCGUCCCCUGCACAACCUACGGGGUUCAAGGAUUCAUUACGAACCCUUCGUUAAGUUCUCUGUACCUUCAUCGACGUUUAGUGGCUGUCAUUCUUAGAUAUUUCUGCCUCCUGCUAGACCGAUAAACGAUGCUUGAACGUUCUGUGUGCGAAGCGAUCACAGUGUGUGCUUUGAGCGUCCAACGGCAACCUGGCACGUUUUAUGGUCGCUGUCUAGUGUAAAGAGGGUUUUACUCACAAGAUCAAUUAACAAUAUUGCAGAUGUAUAUCUGACGAUUCACGAAACCCCCAGACUUCGCUUCCAUAGUUCAGGUUCGGUAAAACAUAUGCAUCAAAGAGAAAAAGUUGUUUCUACAUUUGAGAGUACGUCUCUACUGAUAUUGUUACUACCAACAUUGCCUUACUUCCCUGAUCAGCUAUGGCUUUCUGUGUGGUGAGGAACUUUCCAUUGUGAUUUAAUAAUAACCCUAGGAACGGAAAACUAUUGGUUAUCUUGAUAUUUCCUGUGCAGAGAACAACUCAAGACAACGCUACGAAUUCACUAAUAUCUUUUAUUUGAAUCCGACUCAGUCGCCCCCUCAGCCGAAUAUAGCUUUUUUGUGGCCGCGUUAGGAAAUAUUGAAUAGCGUUUUGUAAUAUGAGAAUGCAAAAUUCUUUAAGUAAAUAGAGUAUAAAUAUUUGUAGAUUGUGUGAAAAGGAGAGUCGAUGAAUAAACAUUACAAAGCUCCAGACUGUUGUCGUCAUUUCUCACUAUAACAUGACUAUUUAUCUAGAGACAUCUGCGAGUAUCUGUGAAAAAUCAAUCUGUCGACUGG